AUGUUCGCACAGUACAAAUCCUUGGCAACCAUUGUUCCCACCACCUCGGUUCCCAGCUUUGUCCCUCCUUCACCUUCCCGCCAUCAGUUCGAUAAAAAGAAGGAAGACAUUCGCCUUAGCGACCUCCCACAACACCUGCAACGUAAUUUCGACGGGGUUUUCAGUCCUCGCCUCCGCGAGUAUCUCGGUUUCUCCCAGACGCCUUGGGAUGUACCCACCAAGACGAGCAUCAAUGACCUAUGGAAGCAAGCAUUUCCAUCAGUUCCUCUUCUGGAGGAUGCCCACCUGUACCACAUCGUCAGCAAGCUGAUUGAUGACCGUGUUUCUUUGUGGCGCACCAAGUUUGCGAAGGGAGCCCUCGAUUACCUCUCCAAGUCCAUUUUCCCUCAGUUACCCGACAACACGAAAGAGCAGCGGGCGCUGUGGUGUGCAUGGGCCAUAUCCGGUUCCGAUCGACAACAACCUUUCUAUUAUCUCGUCUACGAGGAUGCAGAGGAGGGGAGCAGCUCUAGUCCAGUUACCAGGGGUAUAUUUCAGUCGAGCAUCAUUUCGGCUGUUCUUGGUCUGCAUGUUUCGGGUAUCUCGCAAAUUGCUCCAGCCCUUCGCUCUGAGAAUAAACCCAUCAGUGCUCUGGUUCUUACUAUAUAA